CUUCGUUAUUUCGUUUUCCGCCACAGAAACGGUGUGCAAACGCAAGAAUCAGUCUGGUUUUUCUUGAAUGUCAGGAAAAGUUGGGGAUCGAUGAAGUCUAGAGCGAUGUCUGACCAACGAGGGAGGUAUCUCAUGUCUCUGUGUUUUGUUCCUGGUAUCAUGUGAGGAUUACGAUCGUGUGUGCUGAAAAUGAAAACUUCGAUUUCUGAUUCUGUCUUCGAGAAAAAUUUUCUGUUAUGAGAGAGAGAGAGUUUUCGCAAAUAGAUUUUGUUCCUUCGAGAUGAACUCUGGCACUACUUUCCGUGAACACAUCUGUAUUUCGAGCAACGACCUGUAUCGUCGUCAUUUUAUUUGACGAGAAGUGAAUAUUUCCAUUCUGUUCCCAAUUAAAGCAUUGAUUAUAUGGAUGCAUAUCAAGAUCAACAUACUCUCAAUCCACAACCGCGCAUCCACUUCUGUAACCAUCUCACCCAUCCCGCCACCUCGUCUGGUUUUUCCUCGAUGGUUUUUGUUUAUUUGCCUCAUCACCGAUAAUGGUGCGACUGCGAUCGAUGUUUUCUUUAUCAUCUUUGUUGCUACAACUUCGAUGUUUCUUUUCAUUUCGACUUCUUGUUCUGUUAUUUCCAUAAUUGUUUCUUUGCAUUCGACGAAUAGCUGAGAAAUCGCAAGUCACGAGAGAGUGAGUAAUUUUACUCUCAAGAGACUCUCCGGAACCAAAAGACAGCGUCUAACGCUACAACUUAGCGCCUCACAGAAGUUCUUCUUCGAAGACCAGACUCAAACACCUAUCCAUCGUAGUUUUCUUUGAAACUACACUACUAAAAACAAAAUGGGAAAAGUCGAUCUCCGUGCCUUGACGGCCAACGUCACCAUGGCCAUGUAUGGCGCUUACGCCGUUCAGAUGCUGGUUGGCGCUGACAUGAUGUUCGGUGCUAAUUCUCCGAUCGGCAUGGUUUUCUGGCCGAGUGGUGUCACCCCCGUUGGCGAAUGGUUCGCCCGUGCCUGCGGCCUGACCAUCCUCACCGUCAUCCUGGGUACAAGAAAUACUAAUACAGGUUUGUUGUAGUUGUAGAUUCUUUUAGUAUCUAUUGAAAGUACUUGCUUCGGGUAGAAAUUGUCAGGGAAAUCUUAUGCAACUUACCGAACAGAUUCUGACUCACAUCAUCAAAGACGCUUGUUUUGCGAGUUUUCUCUCGAAGGAUAUAGUACGGAAAAAAAUGAUAUUAAUGAUGUAAAACUAAAACAAGCUUGUUGAGUCAUUCAUUCUCUUUUGUAUCUCUCCCUGUCCUCUACAUAGGUCCUCUGUAUUGCGGUGUGUCCCGUGACUCCUUCCUGAAGCAGGCUUUGUUUUUCAACGUGUGUGGCGUUUUCCUGGGCUCCUACGGAUCGAUGAUGCCGGAAGCUGGUGGUGCCGUUAUGUGGAAAGUUCAGACUGCCAUCAACGUAUUUUUGUUUUGCGUUUGUAGAAUUUGAUUUAGAUGAGUAAGAGUUUUAUGGGGAUUACAAAUUAGAAGAUCAAGAUAGUUUACACACAACAAGGUGGUCGUCACUUUUUCCAGCGACGGCAUCAUCACCUUUCAAUAUCUAUGACUAUCCAUCCACAUAAAAAUCCAUUCAUUAUGAAGUAGAAUUUCCUUUUCCAUGCCUCACCAUAUCUUUGCUUCACAGGUUAUCGUCACGUUGCUGAACCUGUACGUUGUUCUGCAGAGCAAGGGUUUCAUUGGCCGCGCUAAGACCCCGUCCAAGUCUCCGGCUCGCGGAAAGUCCCCGAUGAAGAAGGGAAAGUAA